CUCCACAUCCCUCCUGCUGACCUCCUCCUCCUCCUCUCUCCUCCCCUGCUUGUCGUCCUCUUCUCUGCAGCAGCCUGCUCUGUGUCUCCUCUGCUCCUCCCGUCAUCCCGUGCUGCUGCCUCCCUGCUGGAUUCUUUGGGUGGUAGCUGACACAACUGCUGGUUGCCCGUAGCCGGCAGCUCUGCCCCCUCCUCCCUUGCCCUUUGCCGCAGGGAUGCCAGGAUGCGCCGCUGAGGUGGAUGUGCCGGGCGCUAGGUGUUCGCAGCCUGCACCUCGCUAGACCUGAAGCAGCAGCAGAGGGAUUAAUGGGACGCUAUUCUAGGUUCUAAUAGGAUUGUCGGGCUCCAGUGACAGAGGAGGGAGGGGAGGCUGAGGAGAGGGAAGAAGGAUGGCGCUGCCACCUCGAGCUGUCAAUGUUAUCUCUAUCUGCCGCUCACCAAUGGUGCUCUGCUGACAAGACAGGCUGAGGGGAGGGAGGACGCCGGGGUCACAGGGCAGGACGGCAGAUGCCUGGGAAUCCCAAUUUCAUGAUCGCAUGCAGAGGUGUGAGGGGGGGCAUCGGAGGGGAGCUACAAGGGGGGAGGCAAAAUGAAAUACCAGAAAUACCUGACUGUGCUGCAGAUGGCCAUUGGAGUGACUCCAUCCAACAGGGGCAACAUUCUACCUAUUAAGAGGAGGCUGUGGGUCACCCCAUCGUCGGAGAACCCAAAUGCAGCCACUUCCAGUACUAGCCAAGGAAAGCCAUCUCUACGGAGAAUAAAGGGACGAAUCCACAGAAGCAAAAGCCUCGACAGUGUGGACCUCUGUGAGUUCAAUAACACUGUAAUGGAAGAGACGGCGAUAUGGGAGCAGCAGACAGUCACACUCCACAGGGCUCCAGGAUUUGGAUUUGGGAUCGCAAUAUCCGGAGGCAGAGAUAACCCCCAUUUUCAGAGUGGAGAAACAUCAAUUGUCAUCUCUGAUGUUCUCAAAGGAGGGCCUGCAGAAGGCCUGCUGCAGGAAAAUGAUCGGGUUGCAAUGGUCAAUGGGGUCUCUAUGGAUAAUGUUGAGCACGCUUUUGCAGUUCAGCAGUUAAGAAAGAGUGGUAAAAAUGCCAAAAUUACUAUACGGCGGAAGAAAAAAGUACAGCUUCCAGUGGCUCGUCCUGAUCCAGAUCCUGUAUCUGAGAUUGAGGACGACAGCUAUGACGGUGAUGUUCCUGACCAGAGAAAUGCCCAUGGUGGCCCUGGUGCCAGCAGGAGGAGUGAAAAGAGUUGGGUGAGGGACAGAAGUGCCAGCCGAGAAAGAAGUUUGUCGCCCAGAUCAGACAGAAGAUCCAUAGCUUCCAGUCAACCUCCAAAACCUACCAAAGUGACCUUGGUGAAAUCCAGAAAAAAUGAAGAAUAUGGCUUGAGAUUAGCCAGCCACAUUUUUGUAAAAGAAAUCUCUCAAGAUAGCCUGGCAGCGAGAGAUGGAAAUAUUCAGGAAGGCGACGUUGUGCUUAAGAUUAAUGGCACUGUCACCGAAAACAUGUCUUUGUCUGAUGCAAAAACGUUGAUAGAAAGGUCAAAGGGUAAAUUAAAAAUGGUUGUUCAAAGGGAUGAGCGAGCAACUCUACUGAAUGUUCCAGAUCUAGAUGACAGCCUUCAUUCUGCAAAUGCUUCAGAGAGAGACGACAUUUCAGAAAUUCAGUCGCUGACAUCAGAUCAUUCCAACCGUUCUCAUGAACGGCCUCGCCGUAGCCGUUCACGGUCUCCUGAGCAGAGAUCGGAGCCUUCAGACCAUUCCAGACAUUCUCCACAACAGCACAGCAACAGCAGCACGCGGAGUCGAGAGGAUGAAAGAGUGUCAAAGCCUGGUGCUUUAUCUACGCCUGUGAAAAAUACAAAUAGUGCAUCUCUGUCCAGAACAGCAGAAGAACCUUUGCAAGAAAUGGCUGAAAAGCAGACUCCUCCUCUUCCAGAGCCAAAACCAGUAUAUGCCCAGUCAGGACAACCUGAUGUAGACUUGCCUGUUAGCCCAUCUGAUGGGCCUUUCCCGAACUCCACACAUGAAGAUGGCAUGCUUAGGCCUAGCAUGAAACUAGUAAAAUUCAGGAAAGGAGACAGUGUAGGACUACGUCUUGCUGGUGGAAACGAUGUUGGCAUUUUCGUGGCAGGUGUUUUGGAGGAUAGCCCUGCAGCAAAAGAAGGAUUAGAAGAAGGUGACCAGAUUCUUAGAGUAAACAAUGUUGACUUCACAAAUAUCAUCAGGGAGGAGGCUGUUCUUUUUCUUCUUGAUUUGCCCAAAGGAGAAGAGGUCACAAUUCUGGCUCAAAAGAAGAAAGAUGUUUACCGUCGCAUUGUUGAGUCAGACGUUGGUGAUUCCUUUUAUAUCCGAACUCAUUUUGAAUAUGAGAAGGAAUCGCCAUACGGCCUAAGUUUCAACAAAGGAGAGGUGUUUCGAGUUGUGGAUACUCUUUAUAAUGGAAAGCUAGGAUCUUGGCUCGCAAUUCGAAUAGGUAGAAAUCAUAAGGAAGUGGAAAGAGGAAUUAUCCCAAAUAAAAACAGAGCUGAACAGCUUGCAAGUGUGCAGUACACCCUUCCUAAAACGGCUGGAGGUGAUCGUGCAGACUUUUGGCGCUUCCGGGGUCUCCGAAGUUCCAAGCGAAAUCUCAGGAAAAGCAGAGAAGAUCUCUCUGCCCAACCUGUUCAAACAAAGUUUCCUGCGUAUGAAAGAGUUGUCUUGCGAGAAGCUGGGUUUCUCAGGCCUGUUGUUAUCUUUGGUCCCAUUGCUGAUGUUGCACGAGAAAAGUUAGCAAGAGAGGAGCCAGAUAUCUACGAGGUUGCAAGAAGUGAACCAAGAGACGCAGGAACUGACCAGCGGAGCUCGGGGAUCAUUCGUCUUCAUACAAUCAAGCAGAUUAUUGACAGGGAUAAACAUGCACUUCUUGAUGUGACUCCCAAUGCUGUAGACCGUCUGAACUAUGCACAGUGGUAUCCAAUAGUAGUGUUCCUUAACCCUGACUCCAAACAGGGUGUGAAAACUAUGCGAACGAGGUUGUGCCCUGAAUCUCGCAAAAGUGCCAGAAAACUUUUCGAACGUUCACAUAAACUACGCAAAAAUAAUCACCAUCUUUUUACAACUACCAUUAAUUUAAAUUCUAUGAAUGAUGGUUGGUAUGGAGCAUUGAAGGAAGCUGUUCAACAACAACAAAACCAGCUGGUUUGGGUCUCAGAAGGCAAAGCAGAAGGUGGCACAGAUGAUGAUCUUGAUUUGCAUGACGACCGUCUAUCCUACUUGUCAGCACCAGGUAGUGAAUACUCAAUGUAUAGCACUGAUAGCAGGCACACCUCAGAUUAUGAAGAUACUGACACAGAAGGAGGGGCUUACACUGACCAGGACCUGGAUGAGACCCUCAAUGAUGAGGCUGGAACACCACCAGAGUCUGCCAUUACACGCUCAUCUGAACCUGUUCGUGAUGAUACAUCAGGGAUACAUCAUCAGGACAACCAAGCUUACCCAUCAUAUCCACCACAGCCACAGCCAAUUGUCAGAACAGAUUCUCCAGGAUAUAAAAAUGUACCUUCACAACAGAAAGCAGAUGCCCUACCUGCUGCCCCUUACCUUUCUCUGCCGUCUGAUACAAACACUACAACUUCAACAGCUGCUGUUAAUCCUAAUGUAAACCUAAGUAAUGUCAGAUUGGAGGAUCCAAACCCUGUCCCCUACAGCUCUUACCAAGCACAAGCUGGCCCAAUGCGAUCACCUAACACUGAGGCAGCUCACAUAAUGCUAAGAGACCAAGAGCCUUCAUCUUUACCUGUCCACAUAGAUCCUGCAAAGGUGUACAGAAAAGAACCAUAUCCUAUGGAAGAGAAUCCUAGACAUAAUUACUUAAUAAAACAACAAGUAAUUGGCCAUCAGAGACCAGAGAAAGACACCAACCCGAACUUUGAUGCCCUGCCAACCUAUGCAGAGAAAGCAAUGAACAGAGAAUACGAUCCGUCUUACAGAUACGAUCCUACUUCAGAUUACGUGGAUCAGUUCUCUCACAGUUAUGACCCACAAAUACAUAGCGAUGAUCAUGUGCCUACUUAUGAUGAGCAGUGGGGUUAUUAUGAUGAUAAGCAGUCAUCAUUUCCACAAAGGCCACCAUUUGAUAGUAAGCAUAGGGAUUUUAGUGUUAGGCAGCAUUCAGAAGAAAGUCUUGAGCGCAGCUAUUUUCCACAGCAACCUCGUUUCGAGGAGCCACCUCCUGUUGCCUAUGACAAUCGACCUCGUCCUUCAAAAAAUUUUAAAGGACCCCAAAUUCAUUAUGAAGAUCCCCCUGCACCAGAAUUUGAUAUGCCUGUCCGUUACAAGCCAGAGCCUCAAACCUUUCCUUCUGUGCCCGCUUCUCGGCCUGCUGAAACAAAACCAUAUUUUGAUCAGCAACCAAGGGGUUAUGAACAUAGUCCUUCCCAGGGAUUUAAUACGAAGCAAGGACAAUAUGAUAUUUCUCCUAGAGUAGAAAACAUGCCACCUCCAGCACAGUUAAGGUCAGACCUUCUGCCGAACAGUAACAAACCUUUACCUCCACCAGCUGCUGUGAGUGAGGACGAGGAUGAUCCAGCCAUGAAACCACAGUCUGUACUUACCAGAGUUAAGAUGUUUGAGAAUAAAAGAUCGGUCCAAGGGGAUAAAACAAAGGAUGUGAAUGAUAUAUCAGCUUUAAAGGCCCCCGAGGUUGCACCCAAACCAAUAACUGUUCCGGUAACUGCAUCUAAAGCCGCCCCACUGCCUCUUUAUGAUUCAGAAAAAGCAACCUAUAGAGUACCUGAACCACAAAAACCUCAAAUGAAGCCACCAGAGGAUAUUGUACGUUCUAAUAAUUACGAUCCAGAGGAGGAUGAAGAGUACUACCGGAAGCAGUUGUCAUUCUUUGACCGCAGAAGCUUUGAUAAACCCACUCCACCUCUGCCCGCAAACAUCCUUCCUGAGCCUGCUAAACCUGGACAAUCUCAGAGCCAACUUAGCUUUAACAGCUACCCCUCCAAAUUUCUUGGCUCUUACACUAGCUAUGACUACUUGAAAAGGAACAUCAAGUGGGGAAAACCUGCUGAAGUGGAUCCUCCUGACAGGCCUAUAAGUGAGAAAAGAUAUGAUCCAGUCCCACAGGUUACUUCCACUUCCCAGUAUAACCAACCUUCACCAGUGCUUGUAAACCACACAGCACACACAAAACCUACACAUUCAGAAGUCAGCUCUGUAUCAGUGGAAGUCACAAAUACUGUGUUACCCAAGCCAGAACCACCACCACCACUCCAGACCAAGCCAACACUUUUCAGACCUACCAACAGAGAGGAUACAGUGCAGACAAACUACUUUCCUCAGAAAAGCUUUCCUGACAAAAGCCCAGUUAACGGCACUGAACAGCCUGCAAAAACCAUCACCCCAUCGUAUAACCGCUUUACACCCAAACCUUACACAAGCUCUGCCAGACCUUUUGAGCGCAAGUUUGAGAGCCCCAAGUUCAACCACAAUCUCCUGCCAAAUGAAGCACAAGUGAAGCCAGAGCUGCCUGCCAAACCUCAGAACUCUCCGCAACCAAUUCUGAAGUCCACUAAUGUGACCAUAUCUCCUGAGCUUGAUGGUACUUCCAAGCAAGUGGACAAUAAAUCUAAAUAUCAACCAAAUAAUGUCAAUGCAGUGCCUAAAGCAAUUCCAGUCAGUCCUUCGGCUCUGGAAGAAGAUGAUGAUGACGAUUCCCACACAGUGGUGGCAACUGCUAGAGGUAUCUUCAAUAGCAAUGGUGGCGUGUUAAGUUCCAUAGAGACUGGAGUCAGCAUCAUCAUACCUCAAGGAGCUAUUCCUGAUGGCAUUGAACAGGAAAUCUACUUUAAGGUCUGCAGGGACAACAGCAUCCUGCCGCCCCUUGAUAAAGAAAAAGGAGAAACACUACUCAGUCCGUUGGUUAUGUGUGGGCCCCAUGGAUUAAAAUUCUUGAAGCCGGUGGAGCUACGCUUGCCACACUGUGCGUCUAUGACUCCUGAUGGUUGGUCUUUUGCUCUAAAAUCAUCCGACACCUCGUCGGGUGACCCUAAACAUUGGCAGAACAAAUCACUUCCUGGUGACCCUAACUAUCUUGUGGGAGCAAAUUGUGUAUCUGUAUUGAUAGAUCACUUUUAGGCCUACAGUGUAAAGAUAAGAAGUAAUGUGAAAUCUACUAUGGACCUAUUUAUCUUUACACCACCUAUUGAGUAUUAUUUGACAUUUUAAAUAACAGUGGGACUCAAUAGUGCUAGGAAAUUUGCCUGAACUUGCAUUAUAUGGAGUAGACUUCAAAGCCAUGGUCAAAGUUUCGGCCUCAGAAAUGGCAUGUGAAGGUUGGCCAGUGUCGCGCCUUCCUUGUCAGAUAACAAAACGCCUUUCACUCGCAUUAGUUUGUCUACAAAGGACCAAUGCUGACAACACUAAAAUAAAGUCAUUUUUCAGAAUGUUACUUUUAAUGAUUGCCCGAUACCACUAAAGGAAACUGCUUGUUUUAUUUUUCAAGUUAAAUCACAUAAACUAGCACUUCUAUUUUUUUUUAAUUUAAUUUUAUUUUUUUGUCUUGAUCGACAAAAUAUUGGCACCAGAACGGGCUGCUUUAAGGGAAGAAAUGUUUAUUUCUUCAUAACCUUGCUUUUGAGAUCUGCCAACAGCUUACAGGUUUGAAUGUUUUUACUUAGUAGAAAAGUAAGACCCAAACAGUGACUUGUUAUAGUAAAGGUUUGGUCCCGUAAAAGAAUAACAGUGUUGGCCUAUAAUACCCUUUAAAUUAAAAAAACGACCGGUUGCAAAUGUGUGUGGGCCGAUCGUGGCUGAGGGUUCAAAGUUUUAAAGUGGCGGACAGUGGUUCUGGUGCUUCUGUGGAUCUCUAAAUUAACCAUUUACUACACACAUUUAACCAGCAGGGAUGCCUUACCCUCAUGUUAUGGUAUGUUUUUUUUCCAAGUUCUCUGUACUAUGAAGUUCAUACGGCUUUUUUGCGCUUAUUUAGGAUAAUGUAUAAUGAAGAAAGAUUAAAGAAAAUAUGAAUUAUUGUGAAUUCUUUUUGAGUUGCACAGGAAGGAUAGAAAUUACUUCUGUCAACUCAGAAAAUAUUGAAGGAAGUUGUAUGUUUCUGCUAUGCAUUUAAAAAAAUCUCAAAGAUGUUACAAUGCUUGUAUAUAAACUGCGUGCAUACCACUUUUGUUUUUGUUUUUUUCCUUUUUUUUGUUCUUUUUAUUUUCAGUUUUUGUUUGUAAAUUUAACUUUUUUAAGCUUUACUUUUUGUAUAAAAAAAAAAGAAAACUGAACGUUUCUUAAGGAUACCUUUGUACUCAUACCUUUUUUGAGCCUUGAACUUUGUAACAUCUGCAGCAAUAAAAGCGCAUUUCUACAGUACUCACCACAAGAACAUUUUGAAGCGAAAUGCACAAAAAUUGCUAUCUUUAUAAAUGCUGAGCAUAAAUCCUCAGAAUUCUCUUGUUUGAUUCUUAUCUUCAAAGUAUCCCUGCUGCAAUUUGUUAUAAGGAUGCUGUAUAAUGUGCCCUAAAAUGUAUUUUUUUACUAAUAGACAAUUUAUUAUGGCACAUUCGCACGGUUUCAGUAGAAGAUACAGCACUGCAUUCUCCUAAUCAAUUAUUAGUCUUCACGUGUGGCUGAUUUCAUUUUUUUUAUUUUAUUUCUUUCCUUUGCAGUUAUUAAAAUUACACAUUUCUAAAUAUACAAAAUAAAACUGGUUUUAAAAUAAAAUAAAUAAAAUAAAACCUUUUAAAGUG